UUUGAUUUAAUCACAAAAUAUAAAUUACUUUGGAUCGAGAACAUAAAACAUGUUCACUUUAUUCUAUUAUUCACGUAAUAUUGCGAAGUCUUUGUUUUUGACCGAAGGAGGUUAUUAAGUACGGCUAAUAUAGCAGACAACUCGAGAUAUAAAGCGCGCGCUUACGUCUCGUUCUCUGCCAUCAACCUACGUCAUGUGACUCGUUUCCUUGUGUCUGAUUGGUGGGUAUACACCAAUCAGAUGCAAGGGCUCACUGAGCACAGUAAGGCUGUGUUCGGAAACAUCACCCGAGUGCCAUGUAUCAUUUUAUCCUUGUUGUUCACCGAAUGUUAAACAAGGAUAAGAUGAUACACGAGGGCACUCGGGUGAUGUUUCCGAGAGCAGCCUGAGCGAUUGUAAUUGCGUACUGAAUGCACGCAAUAGCUUAUGUGGAACGUGUUCGGUUAGGUUAGUCAUUAAGUGGAAUUAAUAAUUAUUUUAUGUAAUUGUAAAAAUAAGAUCGUAUGAUCUUGCCUUACAUGUGAAAUAUGAAAAUAAGGGGUCCUUAUAAAAAGUAUAUGGAGAAUGGAAUUCCUAAAUCAACUUAUUUCUCACGUCUUAAAAAAGGUAGACAAUUACUUGUUGAUGAAGUUCAAAAAGCAGAUGAAAUACAAUCUGGAAGUUAUCAAGGUUUUAGUAAUAUGGAUGUUAUCGGUGAUGAAAUUAUUGGUGAACAACAUAAUUUAUGAAACAGGUCAGAGUGCAAUGAGCGAAUGUGCUGAAGAUAAUGAUAAUACUGGUUCAGACAGAGAGGAAAAUAAUGAAAAUCUAUCAGAGAAAAAUAAUCAGUCAGAAAACAAUAAAGAAAAUGAAAAUCCUCCAGAACACGACAACAACGAAUAUGGUUUUUAUGAUGAAAUAACAUAUGAUAACCAUCAAAUAACAAAAUGCGCGCAUAGUGAGUUCACGGAGCGCGCAUGCCGUGCGGAUUAUCGGCACGGUGUGAGUUCACCGCAUCCGACAGAUGCGUCAUCAUAUGAGACUCAUAUUGGUCGCACGUUUGCGGUACUCAUGGGUGCGAGCGAUAUGAGCCUCAAAUGCGUUCUCCAAAUGAGACUCAUAUUGCUCGCAUGCAUGCAUACGGCACUCAAAAAUUCUAAUCAUUGCCCAUUUUUUUCACGUACUUUUAAUGCAUUAUAUAUCAAUAUUUUUAUUCAUUUUUUUCUGAUUUACAAUUAAAAAUUAACAUUAUUAUAUACAAUCUUUAAUAAAUUAGCAUUAAAAAUAUUAAAAGCAUAAAAAGUACUUCAAAAAAAUGCGCAGUGAUUGGAAGUUCAUAUAAUAUUUUGUAAAUUUGUUAAUAUAUGGGAGGGUCUUGUUUUAUCACAUUGCAAUUGACCACUGCAUCCAUUCACAGCAAACGGUAUCUAGAAUUUUUUUACUGUUUAAGCACUGCAGUGAAUGGUGGUCAAUCGCAACGUGGUUAAAAGAAAAAUUAACAUGUACACAAUUAAUAUUUUGAUAUUAUUUUCAAGAGAAUUUUACUUUAAUGA